GGCCAGCCUUGCCCUCACAGCCCCUCAGAGCAGCCCGUCAGGAGGCAGCAGACGGAUCAAUGGUCAAGCCGGGGGGGAUUUGCUCUGCCACAGGCUACUGGAAAGCAGCUUUUUGCCUCACAGACCUCCACAAAAUGCCUUAUUUUACAAGACUCAUUUUGUUCUUGUUUUGCCUGAUGGUCCUCGUGGAGAGCAGAAAGCCCAAGAGGAAGCGAUGGACAGGGCAGGAGGAAAUGCCCAAGCCAAGUCACUUACAUAAGAAGAACCUUGAUGUGACCAAGCUCCGGAAGGGAAAGCCUCAGCAGCUUCUCAGAGUGGACGAGCACGACUUCAGCAUGAGGCCCGCCUUUGGAGGCCCUGCCAUCCCGGUGGGCGUGGACGUGCAGGUGGAGAGCCUGGACAGCAUCUCCGAGGUGGACAUGGACUUCACUAUGACCCUGUACCUGCGGCAUUACUGGAAGGAUGAGAGGCUAGCUUUCUCCAGCGCCAGCAACAAGAGCAUGACCUUCGAUGGCCGGCUGGUGAAGAAGAUCUGGGUCCCUGAUGUCUUCUUUGUUCACUCCAAAAGAUCGUUCACUCAUGACACCACCAGUGACAACAUCAUGCUGAGGGUGUUCCCAGAUGGACACGUGCUGUACAGCAUGAGGAUUACGGUCACUGCCAUGUGCAACAUGGACUUCAGCCACUUUCCCCUGGACUCCCAGACCUGUUCUUUGGAGCUGGAGAGCUAUGCCUAUACAGAUGAAGAUCUGAUGCUGUACUGGAAGAAUGGGGAUGAAUCCCUAAAAACAGAUGAGAAGAUCUCCUUGUCUCAGUUUCUGAUUCAGAAAUUUCACACAACUUCCAGACUGGCCUUCUACAGCAGCACUGGCUGGUACAACCGUCUGUACAUUAACUUCACGUUGCGUCGCCACAUCUUCUUCUUCUUGCUCCAAACAUAUUUCCCCGCCACUCUGAUGGUCAUGCUGUCCUGGGUGUCCUUCUGGAUCGACCACAGAGCUGUGCCCGCCAGAGUUUCACUGGGUAUCACGACGGUGCUGACCAUGACCACCAUCAUCACGGGCGUGAAUGCCUCCAUGCCGCGCGUCUCCUACGUCAAGGCCGUGGACAUCUACCUCUGGGUCAGCUUCGUGUUCGUGUUCCUCUCGGUGCUGGAGUACGCGGCUGUCAACUACCUGACCACCGUGCAGGAGCGCAAGGAACGGAAGCUGCGGGAGAAGUUCCCGUGCAUGUGUGGAAUGCUUCAUUCAAAAACCAUGAUGCUGGAUGGAAGCUACAGUGAGUCUGAGGCCAACAGCCUGGCUGGGUACCCCAGAAGCCAUAUCCUGACGGAAGAAGAAAGGCAAGACAAAAUAGUGGUCCACCUGGGCCUGAGUGGUGAAGCCAAUGCUGCCAGAAAGAAGGGGCUUCUGAAGGGCCAGACGGGUUUUCGUAUCUUCCAGAAUACCCAUGCCAUUGACAAAUACUCUAGAUUGAUAUUCCCUGCCUCCUACAUAGUUUUCAACUUAAUUUAUUGGUCAGUGUUUUCCUAGGGGCUCCAAGGCUGUUCCUAGAAGAGGGCAUAGACAUCGAGGGGGCCUGGCCAGUCAUUGACAGACGGACUUGUUGACCACACGCCCCUCACCAGACAAUGCAGCAGCUACUGGACCACCCUGAGCAGCAGUCAUCUCUCAGAGAAGUCCAAGAGCCCUCCAGCUGCCCUGACCCCAGAUCUUGUGGGGCUGCUCCAUGUUCAUGCUAUGUCUCGCGUCACACUUCACGUCUCCCUGGGACCUUCUGUUCUUGUGUGUGAACUAGUUCACAAGAACUCCCCUCCUAUAAACAAGGACUCAAAUGCCUCCUAGACAUUCUUAGAUCCUCAGAUUGCCUAGGAGUCAGCUGUGGAGGGAAAAGGAAAAACUGAAGUGCAAGCUUAGGGGCAUUCUGGUUAGAAGAUAGGAAAUUAAGAACAAAAAACACCCUAUAAACCCGUAGAACUGGAUUAAGUGCCUACCUAGAAGGGAAAAGAGCUCAGAUCCCAGACAGGAAAUGAUUUGGCCUGUGGGAGUAUGGCAACCCACAGGAUUUUGCAAUAUUAGAGGAGAUCAUUCAUUUAUCCAUCCAUUCAACCAUUCAUUAAAUAUUGAGGUCCCACUCUGUGCCAGGUACUGCGGAAAUGAAAAAAUAGUCUCUUUCCUUAGAGAUCUUCUCUAAGGUGUGCUCAUUCUACAUAUGGCAUGAUGUACUCUGCUCUUUCCCCUCCUUCAACCCCGCUUACCCCACAGACCCAUUCUGUUUGCUGUUGCUUUUACUCUUAGGCAUAUAAGGCAGGGUCCAGGAGAGGCCAGGUCCAGAACUUUCAACUGUCCUCCUCCAGUGAAGUUACAUAGGUAGCACUAAUUUUGCCCAGCAAUGACAUGCAGCAAUGUGCAUGGAGUAUUGCCAGCCAGAGAAACUCACCCAAGCUCACCACGGUGUAUGGUUUUUUUCAUUGGGGUCAGUCAUGGAUUUAUGGCUGAUUGCCCACAUGGCUGGCUUUAGUCUUUUUCCCCUCCAGAGGUUAAGCUGGUACCUUGAGGUCCAGGGCACCUAUCGUAAAUCACAUUGUUGGCAUAGACUAUCUGGUGUAGCCCAAGGCCCCAGUAGACAAAGACCCUUCUAUCUCAUGGGACAUUCCAAGGGCAUAGAGGUUGCCUCCUAGUAAAGGUUAGUCCUUUACUACACAGCAACUCUUGUCAAUUCCCUAUUGUUAAUGUUAAUUGCAGUGUUACUAUUAUAUAUUCAGGCAAUAAACAUUUUAAAGUAUCUCUGCACUAGGUAGAUUGGGGUCCAAAUUAAGAAUAAGAGUAGUCAAAGCUCUCAGAGAAGGAACUAGCACAGGAAAUACCACACGAAUAUCUAUAAUACAAGAUUAAGAGUGUUUAGUGCCUCAGUAACAUUUCAGUGUGAGAUGGGAAUUCCAAGGGAGGAAAAACAGUCCCACCAGGGAGACGGACCUCAUGGAGAAAGCAGCCCUGAGAUGCCCCUUGAAGGUCAGGGUUUUAAGAAGAAGAAAUGGGGCAGAAUACAUCCUAGAUCUGGGCUGUCUCAUAUGGUAGCCACUAGCCACAUGCCUAUUUAAAUUUAAAUUAGUUAAAAUUAAAAAUAUUAGCCAGGUGUGGUGGUGUGUGCCUGAGGUUCUUAGCUACUCAGGAGGCUGAGGCGGGAGGAUCGCUUGAGCCCAGGAGUUCCAGGCUGCCGUGAGCUGUGAUCAAGCCACUGCAGUCCAGCCUGAGUGACAGAGCGAGACCCUAUCUCUAAAAUAAUAAUAAUUAUUAUGUAAAUUAGUUGAAGUUAAAUAAAAUUGAAAACUCAGUUCCUUGGUUACACCAUCCACACUCAAGUGGGCUCAGUAAGCACAGUUGUUAGUAGCUGCUGCACUGGGCUGGGCAGACCUAAAGACCAAGAAGCUCUACCAGCCAAGAGACCAGCUUGAGCAGACGCACAGGGAGAACGGGAAGGUUUGCCAUUGCAGAGAACAGGGUUUGUGGGCAAGUCAUUCAUUUUGGCAGGAUCCUAGGCUGUGAGAAGAGGAGGUGAGAGACUAGCUUUUUCCACAACACUAGGGAUCAAGGCAGGUCCCCACCAUGCCGGUGCUUAUGAGGACAGCUUCGCCACUACGGAGCUGCUGGACCCAAGACUACUAGAUUUCCCAGUCUCAUAGACCAGUGAAGAGCAAAAGUGCAUAAAUAUGGGUAAUUGGGUGGUACAGGGCAUCUGGACUUGUUUAGAAACCUUUUUUUUUUUUUUUUUUUUUCUGAGACAGAGUUUCACUCUUGUUGCUCAGGCUGGAGUGCAAUGGCUUGAUCUCGGCUCACCACAACCUCUGCCUCCUGGGUUCAAGCGAUUCUCCUGCCUCAGCCCCCGAGUAGCUGGGAUUACAGGCAUGCGCCACCACGCCUGGCUAAUUCUUGUAUUUUUUAGUAGAGAUGGGGUUUCUCCAUGUUAGUCAGUCUGGUCUUGAACGCCCGACCUCAGGUUAUCUGCCUGCCUCAGCCUCCCAGAGUGCUGGGAUUACAGGCAUGAGCCACCACACCCAGCCAGAAACCUUUUAUCUCUAGAGACUCUCCCAGGCCACAGUGCUGCUCAAAGAAUGAUAAUUUGAUUGUCAUUAAAUAUAUCAUAUUGCUUUGCUUGUAAGUCUUAUUUAAUUCCAACACUUCGCUUCUGACUGCAUUGUUUUCAUGAAUUAUGGCUCAUAUAACAUAGUUGCCUGUUCACAAAUUAAAACAAAUAUUAUUUUUGCUAGCUUCUAUGUUAAACUGGAGUUAAUUCUAUAGCAGACAUAUUUAGAAUCAUAAACAGUGUUUUAUCAUGCAGGGCCAUGAUACAAUGACACCAUUGUAUUUAGCAUUGCCUUAUUACAGUAUAAUAGUCUGACACUACUUGAGAAAAGUAGGAAAUGUAAAGAGGUCAAGUGGAGACAACAUCGGUAGGAGUAGAAAACAGGAACUAAGGAAAUAGUGAGAACGUGGGGUGAUUCACCCUGGAGGCAGGAAGACAGAGAAGCAAACACAAUUGUUAUCAGGAAUGCAUGAAUGAUACUUUACUUCACUGAAUCUAAGACAUGGUGAAAUGUAAGAUGCACCCAUAUUUUAUGUACUGAGAAAAAAAUACUAAUAAUCAAAUUCUGGAAUGCUAAUGAUUAUAAUAUGAAUCCUGAUUUCACCAAUAAUAUGAAUCCUGAUUUCACCAAUAUGAAACUGUGAAAAAAUGUUAAUGUUACAAUAAAAGAAAUGGGUUUUAUACAAAAA